CUAAUGGCUUCUAUUCAAUUCCUUUCUAGUCUGCACUCCCUCAAUGAGUCAACUGGAACACACGAAGACUGAACAAAUUUUUGAUAAAAUAAAUGGACAUAUCCUACAACGACCUUUCUCGCUCGCGGCAGUCAUGUCAUCAUUGCCAGAGAAUCGUUAUUGCACCUCCCGCUUCAAUUUUGGACGACGCACCAUUCAAGUCAUUCAUAAAUAGUUUCGAAUUCAGCUUAAGAGAAGUCUUAGACGCUAGCGAGAGCAGCUGUGUUCUUUUCCAACGUAUUGCGAGAUAUCUAGAAGAGGAUUUCUUUGAAGACCCUCCACCUAACGUGCAAUGGUUCACCGAUAACCAGCCUGAUCGAAAGAUUCUCCUGCAUUUCGAGAUCAAACCUAGCAUAUUUGAUGCUAUAAAUGAAGAUCCACCUUACACAUGCGCCAUAUCUUGGCUAUGGGAAUGGGCCAAUGAGUCAAAAGAUGGGCAAGUUUGCUUUGGAUCAAUUGACAAAUUCACAUACGAGCUUUGCUCUGAACCAGAGGAUCCAGCAGCAGAAUUGGUCAAACAAAAGCCACGAUACCCGUAUGUUGCCUCAGAAACCACCUUUACAUUCGUUCAAGAGUCUCUGCGAGAAUGCGAUCUCCAUCCAGAAUGUACUAUCCAGUCGCACAGCCUUUUAGAGAGUGGACCUGGCCCUUCUCGAUUGGUUGAUGUUGGAACUUCCGAGGACGACAACGUUCACAUAAUCAUUGCCAAAGAUAAUAUGCGAUAUUUGGCUUUAUCAUAUUGUUGGGGCAAUAAUGAUUCCAUGAAGUUGACUAGUGAUAUGUUGACAGACUGGAUUGAGGGAAUCCAGUUCUCCUUACUCCCAAAAACGCUGAAAGAUGCGGUCAUGUGCACACGACAACUAGGCCUCAGGUACCUCUGGGUGGACAGACUUUGUAUCAUUCAAGACGACGAGAUGGAUAAAGCUAGGGAGAUUGCAGCGAUGCCUCAAAUUUAUUCGAUGGCAUAUCUUACGAUAUCAGCAGCAUCAGCGAAGAGUAGCGAGGAUGGCUUCCUGAAGACAAGAAAAGAAACCCAUGAGGCAAUAUCACUCUCGUGGGUAGAGCUACCAUAUCUUUCUUCGAAAGGAGCAUCGGGAUUGGUUACUUUGAAGCUGUCUGAGUCCUGUGAAGAUUUCAAUUGGCCAAACACUCGAGCAAUAGACUCAAGAGCGUGGACUAUGCAAGAGCAAAUACUUUCACCUCGUUUGCUGCACUUUUGCACCUUUCACAUAGUUUGGAAGUGCAAAGCACGAGAAAAGAUAGGCACAAGCGAGGCAAUUGAGCGAAGUCAACCGGCAUGGUCUAAGGAACAGAAAGUCGGCCAGGAAAACUCCAUACUCAACAGCUGGGAAAAUAUUAUUGCACGUUACACGGAGAGAAAGCUCAGCUGUCCCGAUGACAAGUUAACUGCUAUAUCGGCGGUAGCACAGGCGUAUUGCGUUCAAAGCGGCGCUCUGUCGAAACACCACCAAGCCCUCCUCCAGGAACAAACUUCGGAGAUUCAGCCGCUCCCAAGGGCAUACGUUGCUGGUCUAUGGAGGCAUGAAAUGCCCUUUGCUCUUUGUUGGUGGAGACCAUGGGACGGUCAGCCCGAGUUCCGGCCCCUUUCUCCACGAGCGCCCUCAUGGUCAUGGGCCUCAGUUGAUGGCUCCAUAUUUUACUAUGAAUCUACAAACACUGCAUCAUACAAUACUAAUGCAACGAUAUUAGCGUACGAUAUCACCCUGAAAUCUCCACUUCAAGAAUUCGGGGCAGUCUCUUCUGGGGAAUUGAAGCUGAGGGGUCGUCUGAAGGAAGGGAUACAACUAGAUUACAGCAGCAGUAAUAUUGAAGUACAGAACGUGAAUGGCAUUGCAGGGAACGCAAUAUUCUUCCCUGAUGCUCGAGACGAUCAGCUUGGUUCGGGCAGAAUGAUUACGGCUUUUGCUCUGCAAAUCGGAGACUCGACAGGCUUCUUCUGGAACGGUGUCGAGCCUUUGAAGGGGCCUUACGGUCUAGUUCUUCUCCCAGUUGACGACGAAACAUUCAGACGUAUUGGCUUCUUUCAAGCUGAUUUGGAUAUGGGUUUUGAUGAUCUCGCUUUCCAGGAUAUCACAAUUGUUUGAGCGACACAACGUGGCGUUUUAGUUUUGUCUAUGGAGACACUAGGCUCGUACCAGCGCAGGUGCAAGAGCUUUUCUUUUUUCCCCUUUUAGGCGCGUCAACUGUCUCUUUAAAUCCAAACCCAGAGGAUGUCAGAUAUAUGAUGGUUGUCGACUUUUGCGAUUAAAAUAAGAUACACAGACAAGAUGCCGUCCACUUGAACCACACCCAAUACACCAGUUUGACGCUCACUCAAG